AUGCCACCCCCUGGAAUGCUUUCUACGAUGCAAACUGGUCAGCCCCCAGUGUUAGUGCAGUGGCAAGGACCUCCUGGACAGCAAGCAACGUACCAGAUUCCCCCCAGUUAUCAGUAUGUGGUUACUGGCGGACAGGCUGUGAGUAUGAUGCCCAGUCAGACAAUGACAAUGGGCGCGCGAACGGGUGGCCCUCCGGCAGUUGCAUUCCAGGGAGGUCGACGGCAGGUCAUGGUUCCACCACAUACAGCAGCUCAGUGGCCACCUCAUGUGAUGCAAGUUGGCCAAGGCAUGGUCCCAACCUACGCCUACCAAUCCUUCCCCGUACAAGCCGGUGCAUCCGGAGGUGGAAGUGCUGGUGUUGUGCCACCACCUCAAGGUGGCUUCCCUGGUACACAAGCUCCACCUCCACAAAUGAUGGCCGGUACUCCUCAAGCGGGUGCUCCUCCGCCGGGUAUUUAUCAACAACGAUUUGUUCCUGCCCAGGGUUAUGUGCUGCCGCCAUCCGGAAUUCAAGGACAAACUCGGUUCCCGACACCGCAGCAAACGCCGCAUCAGGGAAUGGAGGCAGCACAUUUCCAAGGUUAGUU